AACUGAAUACACACACACCGUCACACACAGUAUGUGACACUUUGUGAUUAUGUAGAUAAGUUUGGGUUUUGAUUUAUAAUUUUACUGGAUUAGGCUAUUUUGUAAAACUUACACAAAUUUACUUCCACUGAGAGUUGUAAUCUUUUCAUGAACCGAUAGAACAAAGUCAAUCUUAUUUAAUUUUGCCAUGUCGGGUCAUAGUCAUGGGCACAGUCACGGCGGUUGUGACGGGGAUGAAGGCCAUGAUGACACUCCUGAAAUGGGACUUCAAUACAGUCUAUAUACAAAAAUAGAUAUAAUGAACUUGGAAUGUUUGAAUGAAGCUGUUGAAGGGUCAGGAAAAGAUGUAUUCAAACCUUGGGAAGAAAGACUUAAUUUUGAGAAGUUUGUAGAAAGUGAUGCUGACGAAGAGCUCUUGUUUAAUAUUCCCUUCACAGGAAAUGUGAAACUCAAAGGAAUAAUCGUGGUUGGAGGAGAAGGUGAAUCUCAUCCAUCCAAAAUGAGACUGUUCAAGAAUCGUGAAAAUAUGUCAUUUGAUGAUACUUCUCUUCCGGCUGUUCAAGAGUUUGAGCUACAUCAUGACACUAACGGAAUGUUGGAGUAUUCCACCAUGGUGGUGAAGUUUGCUACAGUCCACCAUCUCUCAAUCCAUUUCCCCCGCAAUUUUGGUUCUGAGACUACCAAGAUCUACUACAUUGGCCUUAGAGGGGAAUUUACCCCAAUGCAAAGACAAGAAGUGGUCAUUUGUUCAUAUGAAGCAUUGCCUUCAGUUCAUGAUCAUAAACUCGAUCAAUUUAACCAUGUGAAUUCUGAAGUCCAGUAAUUUUUUGUCUUUAUUAAACUACUAAUUUAUUA